AUGGCUCCCACGCUGCUGAUUGUCGCCGCUUUCUUCCUCGCCGUCGCCGCCGAACAGAGAUGCACCACAGGGAGGGUGGAGGCGGAUGUGAACAGCAAUGGGUACUGCGUUUACGAGUCAGAUAUAGCGACCUGGUUAGGAGCCGACGCGUUGGUGCUGUUGCUAGUGAAUCAACUCUUGGUGAUGGAGAUGACUCGGUGCCUGAUGUGGUAG